UUUCGAACAAUGCUCAUUCGGUUUCUUAUUUUUUCUUCCUCAUGGCUCGUCGCCGAUUGCUUCUCUCUUGACUUUCAUGCUGAACUUCAAGUCUGACUUCGUUAUUAGCCAUCUUUAUAUCAAGGUUAAGGAGUAGAGUGAACUGAGAAUCUUAGCGGCGGGAUUGAAUACCCGGUUCCAGCCGCCGCCUCGAUCAAAUAGGGGGCGUCGGCCAUAGUUCGCACAUAUGCCGCCGGAAAACACCCAUCAUGUAGAUGAGGUCCGCAGUCCAUAGCCUUUUUAUCUCUUUUUCUUUCUAAUUUCCUUUCUUUCAUCUUCUCAGCAACUAAACUGUUUCUUACUCUCCUCUAAAUGCGAUUAUACUUGUAUUGUGUCCAAGCUUCUAAUCCUUUCUUCAUCCUCCAAUGCGUUUUUGUGCAAUUCCUGCAAUUUGUUUCUCAAUCCAAUUUCGCCAAAUGUUUCGUUCCUCUAUAAACUUUUCCUCUUCUUGUGCUCUUAGAAGAGUUGAUAUAUCUGAGGAAACUAAUGGCAAUUCACAUAGCUGUAAUUAUGAAGAAUUGAAGCUUAGAAUGCAGGAUUAUGCCACCUCAGGUGAUUUCAAGCAAGCUUUAUAUACUUUGAAUUUUAUGGGGAACAUAUCUGGAAAGCCUACUGUGUAUGAUUUUAAUAAGUUAAUGCAUUGUUAUUUCAAGUCUAGAAAUGUCUCACUUCAAGUAUUGGUAGAACUAUAUCUUAGAAUGAAAAGAUUUGGGCCUUCUCCAAAUGCUUUAACUUUUAAUAUACUUUGCAAUGGUACUUUAUCAUCUGGGAAGUUAGAAGAUGCAAUCUUUUUUGUUGAAGAGAUGCAUGCAAUUGGUUUUGUACCAUCUUUUGCACUUUUGUCAAAAUUGUUGAAGAAGUCACUUAAAUUAGGGAAUUUAAUUGAUUCGCUUCGCGCCUUUGAGAUCAUGUGGAAAUUAGGGUAUGUUCCCACUGGACAUUCUUUUAACAUGAUGAUGUGUAUACUAAGUAAAGCUGGUAUGAUACGUGAAGCUUACUCAGUAUUUUCUGUUCUUUUUAAUGAGGGUCAUUUUUUUGGUGUACAUACUCUUAAUCCAAUCUUGUGGGCGUUAUGUAAGUCUAAUCAGAGUUAUACUGCUUUAAAUUUGUUUUAUUCAAUGAAGAAGAGAGGGAUUGUGUACAAUGUUUGUUCGUAUACAGCUUUGGUUUUUGGGUUUCAUAGAGAAGGUUUUCAGGAAGAUGCGUUGCAGUGUUUUUAUGAAAUGAAAGAGAAUGGCUGUAAACCCAAUGUCAUAACGUACACUGUGGUUAUCAAGUUUCUCUGUGAUAAUGGUUGCAUUGAUGAGGCAUUGAGAAUUUUGGGUGAGAUGGAAAGAGAAGGAUGUGAUCCUGACUUGAUGACAUACAAUAUAAUUCUUCGCGAACUUUGUCAUCAAGGUAGAUUAUUUGACAUUUUCAAGCUGAUUGAGAUCAUAGAUCAAAAGGGAUUUUCUCCUGACUCAUACACAUAUGCUGCCUUUUCUGGAGGCCUAUUAAAGAUUGGCAAAGUUGGAUAUGCUUAUGAAUUGUUGCUCGAUGCAAUUUCUAAAGGCUGUAAUAUGGAUAUAGCUGUUUAUAAUAUAUAUCUUCAUUGCUUAUGUCGUCAGAACAGAUUAAGAGAGGCAUUGACUAUGUUGAACAGCAUGAUAGAAGAAGGUUUUAUGCCAACCAAUGUGUCAUAUAACACAAUUCUGGAUGGUUUUUGUAGGGAAAAUGGUGUUGAGGAGGCUUUGGAACUCUUGGACAAUAUUGAGUGGGAAGCAUAUGGGCCUGAUGUAGUUUCUUUCAAUACAAUUUUAUGCAUGGCUUGCAAAAAUCGGAACUCUGUGAUGAUACAGAAGAUCUUGUAUCGAAUGGAAUAUGGAGGUAUUAAGCUUGAUUUUGUCAGUUUUACUUGUCUGAUCCAGUAUUUCUGCAGAGUUGGGAAAAUUGCAGUGUGUUUAAAGUUGCUGGAAACCAUAAUGCAUAGUGGCCAUGGCAUGGCUGUUAUCACUUUCAACAUGGUAUUAGAUAAACUUUGCAAGAAGGGAUUAAUAGGAACUGCACUUCGAGUUUUUAAAAAUUUUACAAACUGUGGAUUUCUUCCUAGUACAAUCUCCUAUAAUAUUCUAAUCAAUGCUGCAAUUAGAGUACAUGAUAAUUUUCUGGUGAGUCAAUUGCUUAGGGACAUGUAUAACCGAGGACUAAAACCAGAUGGUUUUACAUAUAGAUCCUUAAUUAAUGGCUGUUGUAGGGAAGGAAAGAUAGCAGAUGCACUCAAGCUGAGGGAUGAAAUGAUAGACCAUGGGCUUACUCCUGAUAUUGCAAUUUAUAAUGCCAUGUUGAAGGCAAUGCUUGGAAAGGGUAGAUUAGGGGAAUUUGUCUUAUUGUUGAGGAUCAUGAUACUGGAAGAAUGCGACCUAAAUGAUGCGACUCUGGAUAUUCUAGAUCAAGCACAAUCAAAAGGUUGGAUAAAGUGUUUGCCGAAGCAAUAAUAAAGCUAAUUAAUGUUGGAUGUUGGAUUAGGCUACGCCCUACAUAUGACUCUCGUAUGGUUUUGUCUUUGGUGAAGGCUGUUUCCAUGAAGAUUCAAACUCUGAAUCAGGUAACAGUAAGAGGAAUAAGAGAAGAGGUACAAGCCUUUCUCCAGGUAUACAAAAACAAGCCUAAGAGUUUUAAGACAUCAAAGAAAGUGGGGAUCAGAUCCAAAUUACACAAACUCUUGACAUGAUAGAGGUGCAAAAGUAUAUCAGGUCGAUGAGUGUUGGAAGGGAACAUAUGAAAAGUAAGUGCACCUUGAAUUGCUUGUUAUGUUUUGUAUGCCUUUCUUUGUUAUUUGAAUUGUGUGGCGAGCUGAUUUGACAGAUUGAAAAGAGAGAAAGACCAACCCAUCAAGUACCAACUUUGUUAUUUUGGUUUUGUUUUGUGCAUGUGUUAUUCAAUUUCAGGCUUGGUUUCUAAUGCUUAAACCAGUAAGUGGGAACUGAGUUAAAAGAUACUGCCCUGAAAAAUGAGACAGACUUGGUCUCAAGAUUAUGCAAUCACUUAGAUUCUGGCUGUAUAAUACUCCAUUUUAAUUAAUUAUAUGCCCCAUUCUCAUAUUUACUUUUGUUUAUAAUUGAUUAGAGCACUACCGUAUUCUGCUAUUGAUGUAAAAGAGAGCUUAUGCUUAGUACUUUUGACUUUCUUCCAUCUGUUGCAAAAAGAUUUUCUUGUUGGUGUCUGUAUCUUGCAUAGCAAAGUGAGAAGACCUCUUAAUAGUUUAUGAAAAAUGAUGGUUUCUUUAUUAUGUUCUUUUUAACCUUUUUCUCAAUUGGAUCAUUAACACUCUGUUUGGCUUGAGGUGAAGGAGAGGUAAAUAAAAGUAUGGAGUGGUAAGCAACGUAUAUACCCCCGUUUGAAAAGCAGUGAGUCAAAGAGUGGUAAAGAUAAAUAAAGAGGAGAAGAGUUAUUGCAUCAUUUGCAGAAGGAAGCAAAAAGAGGAGCAGUUUCUGUUGAAGAGCUCGAACGAGUUUUGAGAUUGGGACCCAUGUUCAGCAUGGAAUUUUCUUCAAGAUUGGAAGCAAGCUCAGAUCAAGGACGUGAACAACACUGGCAGUGUGGAUUCGGAGAGCUUGUUGGAGGUUUAACCAUAUCUGGAGUGGUUAGAGGCUAAUGUUGAUGCUAUUACCAACCUGGAUGAAAGCUCCUUCGGUUAGGCAUGCUGGGGAGAAACUGUCGAGCUACUGCGAUAGCAGCUCGUGCUCACACGGUUCAUGGUUCAUUUUCUUUGGAGUUGGCUGAAGCUAUUGGUAUUUGUUGUUGUGGUAGGCUAAGUCCAUGGUUGGAGCAAAGUCAGAUGCAUCCAGCGUAUAGAAUGAUAUUCAGAUAGUUACUUGUUUUUUGACUUGAUAGUUAGUAAUUGUAAAUCUCCUGGACGAGGAUUCAUAAUGUUAUUUUAGGGAUGCUUUUUGGACACUGUAGGACUACCUUUCGAAAAUUUUAUGGAACUGUCAGAUAAGUUUAUUAAUAAAAAUUUUAACUUUUGGUCGCAAA